AUGGCCAUGGCCAUGGCAGUGCUGCUGACAUAUGAGCGGUUUCACUACCGUCAUGACACCUGCUGGCUGUUAUCUGGUCGUGAAAGCGAAGAUUCGGCUGUUUGCUUAGCCUGUGUUAUAGAGAUAGUGGAAGACGAGGCCGUUGCGGUUGUUCGUAAGAAACACGUACUGUCCACCUUCCAGAUGGUUUUGAAAAAUAGUUCAUCCAUUGUCAUAGAACUGUUGACUAGUGAUGGAAGAGUUUGUACACACUUCAUAGAGACAUUGCUUGGGAUGUUGUUGAGUAUUGAAGAUGGGCCUGUCUUGGAUCUGGUUACUGAUAUUUUGGUGCAGUUGAUGGUCGAACUAAAAUUAGAGCAUCUUUUUCAUUGUGUGUUGGAUGAAUGCCAUAAACAGUUGUUAGAAACAUCAAGUAUCAUAGCAAUACUGCCUGUGUUCAGCUUCUUGGGAAAGCUAGUAAAUGCAAUGCCGCAUCUUGCUGACAUGUUUUCUACCGAACAUUGCAACCUUGUGGAGUGCAUGCCGCGUGGACUGAUGUAUCCUAAUGAAUCAAUCAAAUCUGCUGUUUGUUACUUGUAUGGCAAGCUUUACUCCUCACCGGCUGCUGCAGAGAAGCUCUCUAAUCAUUUCAUUGAGAACCUAUGUGGUCCUUUUCUGGCGACUUUAGAAAGUGCACUGACAAAGGAACUGCAAAUAAACUGCAUGGGAUUACUCAAACAAUUGCUAAAUUCUGAACAUUUUGUAAGCGUGAUUAUGAGUGAAUCAGGAUACCAGGGGGAUUCUGAAAGCACCCCUACCUUACAAGCACUGAACCCUCUGCCCCUAGUUUUAAAAAAGGUGUUGCUGUGCAAAGAAGAAUUAUUACAGAUUGCCAGUACACAAUGCAUUACUGCUAUCCUUGUACAUUCGACUAGAAAAUAUGCACCAUCCUUUAUCCUAGCUGAUAUUCCAGAGUUUCUGUUUGAGCAUCUCUCAAGCACCAGUGAAGUCCUGAUUUGGUCCAUAUAUUGCUGUUUACUGCUUAUGACCGAAGAGAGACUAUUUUUCUCUAAAUGUCACACAGUGUAUGGCAUAGAUGCUCUCCUAAGAAGUAUAAAAGACGUACUGAAAAUGAACAACGUGGAAUUGCACAAGCAAGGACUUUUGCUGCUUACAGAAAUACUUGAAAGACAACCCAAAGAAAUCAAGUUGUUUACAAAUCCAGGGAUUUUUACAUUUGCUACUGAUGUUCUUCUGGAGGCUGUUAACUGCCAAGUUCUUGAAGUUGCAGUUCAAGCCAUUAAAUGUGCUUCAGGAUUUCUAAGGAAAGAUCACCUCACUACUCCUGUACAGUAUGGAGAACUGCAGAAGUUGGUCACUGAGAUACUUAAACGAUGUGCUGACAAUCCUUUUCCAGCCAUGAUUAGGAGGCGGGUGAAUCAAUUUUUAUUUGAAAUCCAGAUUCAUCCAACAAAUAGAGAUCAAGUCAGACAUCUUGCUCGGCAAGGACAUCUUCUGACCAGCACACUGCAAGCUUUUCAAAGUGCUUGUAGAAUAGCAUUAGAUUGUCAGAGUGAUCCUUGUGCUCAGGAGAAUGCAUUCACUGCACCAACGUCUGAAAGUGAGGAUACGUUGGAGAAGUUUUCCUUUUUCCUCUUAGAAAUUUGUGACACAAUUUGCAUCCCCACUGUUACGAAAUAUUACGAAAGAGCCCCAGUUGCAUCAGUGAUGGAGAUUUAUUUUUCUGUUCUAUGCAGUAUGUUUGCAGUUGUACCCAGCAUGAAGGAAUCAUUUGCCAUUAAGUUGGGUUCUGCUUCUUUCAUCAGGCUGGUACUGGAAGUGAAGAUGGCUUUAUGUUCAGGGCAGAGUUAUAAAGAGCUUGAGAUUUCCAAGGAGAAAAUUAACAUAAUAGUCUGGUAUGGAAUCAUGACAGAGGUAUCUGAUGUACUACAAAAGAGUCUAAUUCACCUGACUGGCAGUGUUUCUGAAAGCCUUUCCCUUUUACUGGAAGCACCAAGUGAUCAUAAUUCCCUGAUGCACCAACAGCAUUCCCUUCUAGUUAUAUUCUGUGUUGCUUAUGUUAUGGAGGACAGGUUUAUACCGGAGGCAGAUUUAUUCUGUACAGUGCUAGGUUUUCUACAUUGUACACAGAGCCGGGCUGGCCAUAUUCCUUUAUAUGUUAUUAGGGCUGCAUUUUAUCUUUUGGCAGUUUGUCAAGAAAAGUCUGAAGAUCUAAGUACGGUAAAGUCUCAUGUGAUAAACCCUAGUUUGUGCUUUAUUUGGGGACUUAUUGUAUCUGUGAAUCUAUUAUGUACAAUUCUAAAGAGUGUUCCUGAUAUCCAGCUUCUCUAUUUCCAUCACCCCCUUUUUCUCAAGUUCUUCUUCCGGUAUCCUCAGCUGAUUGAAAACUAUGGCGGCAAAAUCAUUAAGCUCUGGAUUACUUAUAAGGGUUCAAAUGAUGAUGGUAGAUCAUCUGGAGAUUGCAGCGUCUCGUUGUUAACGAAUAAUGAGUGUACUUUCCUGCCGUUGCAAAGUAUUCUGCAGAGCAAUCCAAACUCGGUUAAAGUUUUCCUGUUUGAUUGUAAAUGGAAAGGCAAAUUAAGACAGAUAUUUUUAAUGCUUGCAGUAAGCAGUUUAUCUGGAAAAUGCAAUCCAUGUAGCAUGAGCGUUCUACAGCCAGCCUUCAACUUUCUGUACUGCAGCCUUCACCAAUCGAGUUCAAGCUGCAGAAUGAGAGCAACAGCCAUGCUUCUGUCAAGCAUUUCUCUUAUUGAACUAAUCCAGAAGAUUCUAGAACUCGCAUGGGAAGACUCACAGGGUGACUUAUCAGAGACCAUCUGCUGCUCAGCUAACUUAAUCACAUCUUCUCUUGUUAGUUUUCAGCACAUCUACAACUUAGAGGUGCACAGAUCAUUUGAUAUGGAUAUAGAUAAGAUGCUACAUUUAAUUUCAUUCAACUCAAAAAAGAAAUCAUCCAUGCUUAUAGUUAGCCGUAUUCAGCUAUUAAAAAUCCUGUUGAAGCAAAAAUUUACCUCAGCUCUGCUGAAGAUUAAACAUUCAGAAAGCAGCAAUUGGUCACGGACUGAAAGGGAAUCUGCUCUUUAUCCCCUGAAUGUAAAGAGCAUUCUUUACCUACUUGCUGCUUUACAGAAUCUACUGAUACAGAAAGACUUUUUACUUGUCCGCGCAGCCAUAAAUUGUAUCGAAACUCUGUUAGAUUUUCUGCAUGCCAGAGAUCUCAAUCUUGCUCAUCAUGUGGCAUCACAGCCGUGGAACCGAUUUGUGCUUCUUACUUCACUUGAAUUAGAAACUGGUUUCCUGCAGCCUGGAAUUCUUCGCUUUAUGACGCUUUUUCUGAAAUAUGAGAGCGCUAAUAUUAUUACAGCAUCUGAGAUAAAAAAAAUUAUUGAAGAGGCAUCAAAACUUACAUUAUCAGAACUUACGGCUACUGCUAUUGUGGAUUUAAAGAUCUUUUUGCAGCAGGUUAGUUGCUAAAAUAUUUCAUGUGCAGUUUUGUAAGAGGUAUAAUUUUUCUGUCCUGAUUCAUGUUUGUCUUAAUAUCACAUAUACAAUCUUACAAUAACUUCCAUUUGCAUGGUUCUCCUAUGGCUGCUUUUAGAAGGUUACUUUAUACUCAGACGAGAGACAUGCAAGAGAUAAAAUGAGGGAAAUUAUCUGUGAAAAUGGUUUGUCUGCAUGUUUUCUGAUGGUAUCAGUAAUGUUUGUACAGGUAAUCUCAAAAAAUAAAUAAAAAUAAUAAUAUUGUUAAUCUCCAG